CAUGAGGAUCAGAGCUAUUAUAAUAUUCCUUUCCUUUAUCGGUGGAUGUGGCCAUUGCGUUAGAAUAAGUUAAGUGACUCUCUGUCUGUCUGUCCCUCUCCGUCCGUUGACAACAGAGAAAUGGCUUCUCCUCCAGCGGUGAAGUUCCCGAUCCAUCUAACAGUGCGACUCAUUGGCGUCCUUGUGACGCUUCUUCUUCUCACCUGGGUUCUGCGUUUUAGAGGAGGCCUCGCCCUCGUUUCCCAAAACAAAGAUCUCAUUUUCAAUGUCCAUCCAGUGUUGAUGGUGAUUGGACUUAUCCUAAUCAAUGGUGAAGCGAUGCUUGCAUAUAAGUCCUUACCAGGAACAAAAGACUUUAAAAAAGGAGUUCAUCUCGCAUUACAAUUUGUUUCUUUCAUUUUAAGUUUGAUUGGGGUUUGGGCUGCUUGGAAGUUUCACAUUGACAAGGGCAUUGACAAUUUCUACAGCCUGCAUUCAUGGCUGGGUCUAGCUUGCCUUUUCUUAUUCUUCAUCCAGUGGGUUGCUGGAUUCAUGACCUACUGGUUCCCAGGAGGCUCGAGAAAUAGCAGAAUCUCUCUAUUGCCAUGGCAUGUUUUCUUUGGGAUCUAUAUUUAUGGCUUGGCUAUAGCCACAGCUGCUACAGGUAUCUUAGAAAAGGCUACAUUCCUUCAAACCAGCAAGGUAAUCUCACGCUAUUCCAGUGAAGCAAUGUUGGUCAAUUCCUUGGGAAUGUUGAUCUUCAUGUUAGGUGGCUUAGUGAUUCUUGGAGUCCUUACACCAUCUAAUGGUAAAGCUGAUCUUAUCAUAAGAGGCAAUGAGUGAUUUUAAUAUUAUUAAGCCUUUCAAAAUUGAGGAAGAGAGGAAGUUUUGUAUGCAGUUUCUAAUACAGCUCAGAUGUUGUACC